AUGCUUCCCCGCGAUCUUCCCACAAGGACUGCCUUUUACGAUCCUGUCGCGGACCGCCAGAUGAGCCAGACGGACGCCAAACUCUUCUACCAGCGUAGCCAGGUUGGUCAGCUGAAGACGGGGAGUGGUGUGUGGUCUCAAGGCCAUGCCACACCCCAUGGCAGCCCCGUCAUUGUCGGCUCCGAGCAUCGUGAUGCUGCCGGCACUCGUAAUUUCGAUCAUCCAAUGGACUCUUCUCCCCUAGGCAAAGGACAUAGUCACGUCAGAGGGAAAGCUUCGGCACACGAAGACAUGAUGCUGCCGGAACCGACGCAGCAGCAAGCUGCCAGCGCAGAGCACUUCUCACCUCCUCGGAACCACCUUUCACAAGAGACCGACCCUAGGCUUUUGAACAGCGAAUCAAACAAUCUGGGCCUGGGCCAUGAACCUGGCCCGAGUGUUGGCGUCACGAACCAGCAUGCUGCCCUGGGCGUGGCUGCCUUCUCAGACACCGAUCCGCACAUCACGGCCGAGCUCAGUGCUAUCUCGAAGAACAUUCAGAGCAUCAUGGACCUACGAGAGAGGUACAUCGGGCUUUCUCUCCAAGGACCUGAUGACAAUCCCAGGGAUGAUCCUACUUGGUCGAUCUAUCCACCCCCUCCCCAGCCAGCUUGGGGAGCCGAGCACGCAAGGGCUGUGGCUUCCGCCGAGCAAACCACCAGCAAUGCCAAUAGCCUGAAUGGCAGCAUGGUUCUGCCAUCAUCUGCCACAACAGCAGAUGACCACACAAGCCGUCGGGUACAGGGUUCCGAGACUAAGCCCACAUCGAAGAAGCGGAAGCCUGGUCAAGAUAUUGGAGAAGACUUUGAUAUGCAGGAUGUGCUCCCAGUCCCCUCCGCCGACAAGAUGACUUUCAAGCUUGACGACAGUGGUGUCUACCAAGUAUUCGACGACGCAGAGGCUGAGGCUAGAGGAACCCCAGUCAUUCGGGUCCCUACCCUUCGAGAGUUCUACAUGGAUCUGGACCAAAUCCUGAGCAUUUCCUCGGACGGUCCAAGCAAGAGUUUUGCAUUCCGUCGGCUCCAGUAUCUCGAAGGCAAAUUCAAUCUAUACGCCCUCCUCAACGAGUAUCAGGAGACUGCGGACAGCAAGAAAGUUCCCCAUAGAGACUUCUACAAUGUGCGCAAGGUCGACACCCAUGUUCACCACUCUGCUUGUAUGAACCAGAAACAUCUACUGCGUUUCAUCAAGAGCAAGAUGAAGAAGUGCCCUGACGAGGUUGUGCUUUUCCGCGACGAUAGGCACCUAACACUAGCAGAGGUGUUCCAGAGCAUCAACCUUACCGCAUACGACCUUUCCAUUGACACCCUGGACAUGCAUGCGCACACAGAUUCGUUCCACAGAUUUGACAAGUUCAAUCUCAAGUACAACCCAAUUGGCGAAUCCCGGCUCCGCACAAUCUUCCUCAAGACGGACAACUUCAUCAAUGGCCGCUACCUGGCAGAAAUUACCAAGGAGGUCAUUGCUGAUCUGGAAUCGAGCAAGUACCAAAUGGUCGAAUGGCGCAUUUCCAUUUACGGCAAGUCCCUGGACGAAUGGGACAAGCUGGCCGCCUGGGUUGUCGACAACAAGCUUUUCUCCCACAACGUUCGAUGGCUCAUCCAGAUCCCUCGUUUGUACGAUGUGUACAAGGCUAGCGGGCUCAUGGACAAUUUCGAGCAGGUGGUCAAGAAUGUCUUCGAACCCCUAUUCGAGGUCUCAAGAGAUCCCUCAAGCCAUCCGAAGCUGCAUGUCUUCUUGCAGAGAGUGAUUGGGUUCGAUAGUGUCGACGACGAGAGCAAAAUCGAACGGCGCCUUUUCAAGAAGUUCCCAGUGCCUAAGGUCUGGGACUCGAAGCAAAACCCUCCUUACAGUUACUGGCUCUACUACCUGUUCUCUAACAUGUCAUCGCUCAACGCACUGCGUCAGCGUCGGGGAUUCAACACGUUUGUGCUGCGACCACACUGUGGUGAAGCUGGUGACAGCGAGCAUCUGGCUGUGGCUCUGCUCUGUUGCCACAGCAUUAGCCAUGGUCUGCUACUACGCAAAGUUCCGCUCUUGCAGUACAUCUUCUACCUUGAACAGAUUGGCAUCGCCAUGUCGCCGCUGAGUAACAACGCCCUAUUCCUCGCCUACGAGAGGAACCCGUUUUACCAGUACUUCCGCCGAGGCCUCAACGUGUCGCUGUCGACAGACGAUCCGCUUCAAUUCGCUUUUACAAAGGAGCCGCUGAUGGAGGAGUACGCUGUGGCCGCUCAGAUCUACAAAUUGAGCCCUGUCGACAUGUGUGAACUCGCAAAGAACUCAGUCACGCAAAGUGGCUUCGAAAGUGCGAUCAAGGAGCAGUGGCUUGGGCCAAAGUUCAAACUCCCGGGCAAGGCAGGCAAUGCCAUGGUGAAAACCAAUGUGCCUGAUCGCAGAGAAGAAUUCAGAUACCAGACCCUGAGAGAGGAACACGACAUGCUUCACAAGUACAUCACCUAUGGUUCCAAUGAAACCUCCGACUCAACCGUCACAGCUGACCAGCAGAGUGUGGCUCAAAGUAUCAUCGGUGGACACCAACCUGCGGUGCAACGCGAGCCGGCCAGCGCGGGUAGCGGAGGCGGUAAGCAGACAGCUGCUGUGGGAGGGUCCAACAGUGCUACUGUGUUUGAAAAGGAGGUAGUUGCUUCUCCUGCCAGUCUCGCACCUUCGGGAGAGGCAUCGUGGUCAACUGACGGCCACACCUCGGGACAGGACCCCAAAUUGUUUCCCGGGGUUUUCAGCCGGGGCAGAACAGGGAACAGCCAGUAA